AUGGCUGGUGGAGAUCAUAUUCAUUAUGGUACCGUAGUAGGUGUUCUACCUGUAGCUUCGGGUAGUAUUCACAUUUCGCAUAUGCCUGCUCUGACCAAGAUCUUUGGAGAUGAUUUCGUACUACAGUUCGGUGGCAGAACUUUAGGGCACCCUUGGGGAAAUGCACCCGGUGCGGUAGCUAAUCGAGUAGCUCCAGAAGCAUGUGUACAAGCUCGUAAUGAGGGACGCGAUCUUGCUACUGAGGGUAAUGAAAUUAUCCGUGAGGCUACCAAAUGGAGUCCUGAAGUAGUUGUUGCUUGUGAAGUAUGA